UGUCCCCCGUGGGCAGCCCCAGCGCGUGCGGCCACGGAUCCCCAGCUCCAAAGGCGCCCCCCUCAGAGCCACCACCCCCAGGACCACCAGUCUGGAGCCAUGAAGACCAAGAGCCGGCCUCCCCGGCGCCGGGCGCCCCCGCAAGACCCAGAAGCCACCCCAGGGGAGCGGACGCCCGACAGGCCACCGCCGGGCUCGGGGCCAGACGCGGCCAAGGCUCUGCGGAGCCGGAGGGCGCGCGCGCAGGGGGCGCGGGCGGAGGGCGGGCGCCGGCGGCCGGGGCCGGGGAGCCGGCGGGAGAGCAGCGUCCAGCGGCGGCUGGAGAGCAACGAGCGGGAGCGGCAGCGCAUGCACAAGCUCAACAACGCCUUCCAGGCGCUGCGCGAGGUCAUCCCGCACGUGCGCGCCGACAAGAAGCUCUCCAAGAUCGAGACGCUCACGCUGGCCAAGAACUACAUCAAGUCGCUGACCGCCACCAUCCUGACCAUGUCCAGCGGCCGCCUCCCGGGCCUGGACGGGCCCGUCCCCAAGCUCUGCCAGCACUACCAGCAGCCGCAGCCGGCGGCCCGGGGCGCGCUCGGGGCCUCCGAGGCCCCGCCCGAGGGCCACCUGCAGAAGUUCUCCACGCAGAUCCACAGCUUCCGCGAGGGCUCCUAGCGCGCCGCCCCGCCCGGGUCAGCGGCCCGGCCUGCUCCUCCCAGCCCUGGGCCCUCCGCGCCCCGCGGCUCCGUUCCCCUGCACUCUCAGCGCAGCCCUGGGCACGUCCCAGGGCCCAGGGACAAGACCGGGGAGUGGCCUGGUGGAGGCCACGGCUCGGGGCAGCAUGAGGCCCAUGCCUCCACAGGGUCCCAGGACCUGCUUCGUCAUCGUCUAGGCCGGAGCUGGCCGGCCCUUGUCACUAACUCCUCUUCACUCCCGCUGCCUCCCGAGGUGAGGGGAGAUUCCACGCAAAGGUUUGCUUGGGUAAGUUCCCCAGUUACUGCUCAGGCCCGGUCCCAGGCCCAGGCCCAGGGAGGGGCCUCCCCCAACCUGCCCCGUAGCCUCCUCGUUCGGGGUAAACUGAGGCACGGAGCAAACAAAGCCCGCGGCGUCGAGGGGAGUGGGGCUGAGCAGAGGUGCUUGGAGUGUCCAGUUCAGCAUCUGUCGGGGAGAAGCCCCAGUCAGGUCCCCUCCCAUUAAUUCUGAAGGAACCUUGUCGCGGAGAGGGGCUGGGGUCUUUGCUCCCACCUGCGGGUGGGGCUCCUGACCGUGGAGGGUCUGCGGCCCGGCACCGAGGGUACCGGAGACGGGGCUGGGGGGUCGGGCAGAGAGGCUGCUAGGCCGUGGUUCCCCGGAGCGGUCAGGGGUCUCCUGCAGGGAGAGGGUCUGUCCCCAGGCCUCCCUCGGGGUCCCACCCAGGUUUGCUGCUCAUUGUCGUGUUUGCGGUCAUGUAAGUGGCAGAGGGUGGUCUGACAGACCUCAAGAUGUUCUCGGGUCCUGGUUGCACUUGGGGGCCCUGCGGGGAGGAGCCUGGGGUGGCACGGGCUCCCCUCCCCCAGCGGGUGCUGCUCCUUAAAG